AAAACCAAGCCGACAAACCAGUCCGUUACCCCUGACUUGUCCUGAUGACGCCCCGUACACUCCCAAGCUCCUGACACAGGGGCAGAAUAGAUCAAUUCGUGGUACGGCAAACAUUGGCGGACGAACAAGGCGUGCAUCGGAAGGACCGUACCAAUCUGAAUGUCACUUGCCUGAAAGUCGCUAUACACCUUAUCCAUCCGGUGCAAGCCAACGAAGUACAACUACCGGGAGGGCCGUUGAAUCUGAUUCAUCUCAAAAUACAAUGACAGGAAGGCAGUUCAUGCCUGUUGCCCCGGAACAAGCCUUAAACAUCUUCGACGACCCCCUCGUCAAGUGGAAACCAUGGACAUCUCUGGACAAUCCAGUAGAAACGAAUGAUACUACUGCAGGGCGUAGGGGAGAUGAUACUUCUUCGAGAUCGAACGAUCAUUGAGGCCGUCAGACGGUAGGUCAUAUGAUCAUAUAUACAGUACAUACAUUAGGAAAUGUAGUACCAUAAGAAAAAUGAGUCGUUUUU